UUGCAAUUGCAAUAGCACUAGAAAUGACCAUGUCAAGGGCCAGGCUUAGACAAAGAGCCCAAAUCUCAGGACCCGUAAAAUCCAACACGAUUUAGGGGAAAUUAGAAAUUGGGGGUUUAUGAGAGGUUUUAGGGUUCACAAUCAAAGAAAAAAAAAACCCAAAAAAUGGCGACUUUGGGACUUGCAGGAAGAUCCACUUCAACAUUGAUGCGUGCAACAUGGAGAGCAACAACAUCAACAACAACAACAACAACGACAAGAGUAUUUAUAUCAUCUUCAAAUCGCUCGCCGAUUAAUCCCAUUUUAACUCUACGCCAGUCUCGAAUUUCACCUCCUUCUUUAAAUGGAAGCUUUUUACGGAGAGAAUUGAGUUCAUUAUUGCCACUUCAUAGUGUGGUUGCUUCCUCUCGCCUUGUUUCUAAGCUUCCCAGUGAAGCCAGCACCUCCGCCGAAGGUAGAUUUGCUAAUUAUCUCAGUCCCAUCUAGUACUGGGUGCUUGCAGCUGCGAAGGGUUUUCCUUUAUCAUAUUUGAACUUGAUAAGUUUUCUACAGAUAUUGGAAUCACCUUCCGAGAUCAGUUCCCAAACAUUUUGUUUACCUGUCUUUAAGUUAGUAGCCAGUCUGGAGUUAUCUAAUGAAAUUAUCAUACUCUACCUUGUUGCGAAUUUGGUUCCUAAUGAGCGGAAAGGUGAUUAUUGUUUUGUAUGUCGAAUCAUCUGAGAAAUAAAUUGGGAUGAAAAGAUGGUAACGACUAACAUAAUUGUGGUGCCACUCAGUGUAUCUAAUUAAUGCCCUAUUAUGUAUUUUCAGGAUUAGAAAUCACUAAAAUUUACAUGCCUGAAUUUCUUGUAAAUUUUAUUCUGAAUCAAUUUUCGGAAACCAAAAAUAUUAUUUUCCAUAAGAUCUUCCUGUAAGAGAUCUAUUUAGCUGUUGGAAAUUUACAGCUUCAAUAUUCUUGUAAGAUGUUUUUAUUUAACAAUUUUAGACAUCAGGAAUGUGAUUUCUUGGAUGAUAAUUGUCUGGAAAUAUGAGGCUAGAAGCCUUUGACAUAUUCACAUGACAUCAAAUAUGCUCCAAUCAUAUUA